CCAACUCUUUAUAUCAACUCAUUUCAUUUCCACUCUCAAAUCAAGACAUAACAUAGCAAUAGUAUUGCAGAAAUGGACUUAGGAAGAACCUAUGGCAAUCCAACACAACCAGAGAACAAAAUAAUCUCUAACUACGACGUACCAGAAGGAGUCGAAGUUAGAGGAAGAUACGACGCAGAGUUUGCAAAAAUUCUCACAAAAGAUGCAUUGAAAUUUGUUGCUGAUUUGCAGCAUGAGUUCAGAAACCAUAUAAAUUAUGCAGUAGAGUGUAGAAGAGAAGCUAAGAGGAAGUACAAUGAGGGAGGUGUACCAGGGUUUGAUCCAGCUAGUAGAUAUAUAAGAGAAGGAGAGUGGAUUUGUGCAGGUGUUCCACCUGCUGUUUGUGAUAGGAAAGUUGAGAUUACUGGUCCUGUUGAGAGAAAGAUGAUCAUUAAUGCUCUUAACUCUGGAGCUAAAGUCUUUAUGGCUGAUUUUGAGGAUGCACUCUCUCCAAGCUGGGAGAAUCUUAUGAGAGGCCAAGUGAACUUAAAGGAUGCUGUGGAUGGGACAAUAACCUUCCAUGACAAAGGUAGAAACAAAGUUUACAAGCUAAAUGAUGAAACAUCAAAGCUUUUUGUGAGACCAAGAGGUUGGCACUUACCUGAAGCUCAUAUUUUGAUUGAUGGUGAACCUGCAACUGGUUGUCUGGUUGAUUUUGGUCUCUACUUCUACCAUAAUUACUCAACAUUUCGGCGAACUCAAGGUGCUGGCUUUGGCCCUUUCUUUUACCUUCCCAAAAUGGAGCAUUCAAGGGAAGCUAAGAUAUGGAACAAAGUGUUUGAGAGGGCAGAGAAGAUGGCAGGAAUUGAAAGAGGAAGCAUUAGGGCCACUGUUCUGAUUGAAACACUUCCUGCAGUGUUUCAAAUGGAUGAAAUUCUGUAUGAGCUCAGAGAUCACUCUGUUGGUCUGAACUGUGGGCGUUGGGAUUACAUUUUCAGUUAUGUUAAGACCUUCCAGGCUCACCCGAAUCGGUUGCUACCCGAUAGAGUCCAAGUUGGAAUGACUCAACACUUCAUGAAAAGCUACUCAGAUCUUCUCAUCUGGACAUGCCAUAGGCGUGGCGUACAUGCUAUGGGAGGAAUGGCAGCUCAAAUUCCAAUUAGAGAUGAUCCAGUGGCUAAUGAAGCAGCACUAGAAUUGGUAAGAAAAGACAAACUUAGAGAAGUGAAGGCAGGACAUGAUGGAACAUGGGCUGCACACCCUGGUCUAAUUCCAUCCUGUAUGGAGAUUUUCAAUAACAACAUGAGUGAUGCUCCUAAUCAAAUAACCACCAUGAAAUGUGAUGACGCUGCAAAGUUAACCGAAGAAGACCUCUUGCAGAUACCUAGAGGAGUCCGAACGAUGGAAGGUCUACGGUUGAAUACACGGGUUGGAAUUCAGUAUGUGGCAGCAUGGCUCACUGGAGCUGGUUCUGUGCCUCUUUACAAUCUCAUGGAGGAUGCUGCAACGGCCGAGAUUAGCAGGGUUCAGAAUUGGCAGUGGCUUAAGUAUGGUGUUGAACUUGACGGCGAUGGACUUGGAGUGAAAGUGAGCAAAGAACUUUUUGGCAGAGUUGUUGAAGAAGAGAUGGUUAGGAUUGAAAAUGAGGUUGGAAAAGAUAAGUUCAAGAAGGGAAUGUAUAAGGAUGCUUGCAAGAUCUUCACCAGGCAAUGCACUUCACCAACACUUGAUGAUUUUCUCACUUUGGAUGCCUAUAAUAAUAUAGUCAUACUUCAUCCUGUGGAAAUGUCAAAGCUUUGAAUUCUGAAUUGGUUUCAUACUUCAAAGUUCCUGAUUGUAGUUUUUUGUUUUGAAUUGUAUCUUGUGUUACCUAUGUUGUCCCUUAUAUUUUCAUCACUUCAUAGUUUAUAUGGAAGGGCCUAGCUUCACAUGUUAUGCAUAAUUGAAAAGAAUAAAGUUUGAUUAUAGCUUCA